GGCUCGAUGCAGUGCAGUUGUCGAGCUUUAGGAAGACUCGCAGCUAAUCAUGAGAUGAGACAGCGUCAGUGCGGCUACUCUUGCGUCCAGCAGUGGAUAAUGUCUUAAAGAUAAACGCCAUUAGUGGAAUCUGGUUAAUAUUUUUUGACCGCAUGGUUCCCGGAGAUCUCGCUGUCGGGUUUUGCUUUAAUUGUCAGUUCCUGUCCGUCAGCACUCCGUGAACUCGAGGGCUAGCAGACUAGCUGAAGCGGCGUCAACAUUUCUGCUGCAGGAAGGAAGAGACAGAAAAGUAGCCCAACAAAGCCGGACACUGGAAUUUGACUAAAAAACGACGUGUUUCUCAUGUCAUAUGAUAGUUAAACAUGUCGGUUGGCUUAUUUCGAGUAAGUUAAUUGUAAAUGUUUACUGUUGAAAGUCAGUGUUAUUGUUAGUUGACUAGCUGGUAGGCCGAGCUGAAGAAUUCUUUCCAGUCUGACUCGGAUUAGCUAGGCUAAGCUAACUGGUCACACUGGAUUGUUUUGGCCGGGGUGCUGGUGCAGCUUCCUGAACUUAUUCGCCGGGCUGUUUUGCUGACAUAUUACCGACCGUCCAGCUCGCUCAUGGCUACAGAUGCGACUGAGAGUGAAGGGAGCUUGAAGCAGACGGACACAAAUAACACGGUUAUUAAUAAGAGCAGUGGUGAAUCAGACACACCCAGAAUUAGUGCGACGCUGGAAAACAAGUCGAGUGAACAAGGAAGCGCGGUGACAGCGGACUGCACUCCCACAGAGCGCGUGACUUCUGCGGAUAAUGGUGACCAACCUGUCCGGUCCAGUCCGAGAAAAACAGAAGGGGUGCGAGAAGAAGAUUCACACAAAGGGCGAAGUGAGGAGUCGACUCACAGCAGCGCGCCGGUGAAUCUUCCGCACGCGCACUCUCCCCUGGAACACAAUGGCAGUUUCGAUCGUCAGGAGUCGGUCAGCACUACAGAAGCUCGAUUGCGAAUGGAAGGAAUGGAGUUCAAAGAGGAGUGGCAAGACGAGGACUUCCCCAGACCGCUACCUGAAGAAGGAGAGAUUCAGCUUGAUGAACAUCUCUUCACCCACACACCUGGAGAGGAAGAUUCUGGUCAGCAGUAUGAAUCAAACAAUGGCAAGAACACAAAGAGGAGACUGCUGGCUCCAGAAAUCAGUCUGAACCUCGAUCGCAGUGACGGCUCUGUGCUUUCCGAUGAACUGGACGAAAGCACAGAGCUGGACCUGGACGGUAUGGACACCCCGUCAGACAACAGCAACGAAUUUGAAUGGGAAGAUGAUCUCCCAAAACCCAAAAGCACUGACAUGCUGCCCAAAGGUGUGGAAUCGGUGACGGAAUAUUCAGCCUCUGAGGAGCGCGAUGAUGGCCGACGCUGGAGGAUCUUUCGCAUUGGGGAGCAGGACCACCGGGUCGAUAUGAGGGCCAUUGAGCCUUACAAAAGAGUCAUCAGCCAUGGUGGUUACUAUGGAGAUGGACUGAAUGCUAUUAUCGUCUUUGCGGUUUGCUUUAUGCCUGAGAGCAAUCAACCAAACUAUAGAUACAUCAUGGAUCAUCUUUUCAAGUAUGUAAUAGGAACUCUGGAGCUGCUGGUGGCUGAGAAUUACAUGAUUGUGUACCUGAAUGGUGCCACCUCACGCCGUAAGAUGCCCAGUGUGGGCUGGCUGAGGAAGUGCUAUCAACAGAUCGACCGGAGACUAAGGAAGAAUCUGAAGUCUUUGAUUAUUGUCCAUCCAUCUUGGUUCAUUCGCACACUCCUGACCAUCACAAAACCUUUUAUAAGUUCUAAAUUUAGCCAAAAAAUAAAGUUUGUGUAUAGUCUGGCAGACCUCGCUGAGCUCGUGCCAAUGGAAUAUGUGUCAAUACCAGAAUGCAUCAAGCAAUACAGAUUUGGAUGCUGACCUCAUUUCCACAUUGUAAAGUGUAGACUGAACGGAUCGACCAAGAAAUGCAUGGCAAAGGAGAGAUGGGAGGUGCAGAGUGAGGUUGAAGAGGAAAUCGGAGGUGGAGGAAAAUCGAGUGGGUUUGUGUGUGUGUCUCUCAGCUGGGGGAAAAAAAAACGUUUGUGCCUUCCAAGACUCUAUUGCCUAUUUACAUGGUGGGACUUUUAUUCUGUAUUGUAUUAGCGUGCCAAACACGAGUCGAAAUCUCAAUGCUGUGCUUCAAGUAUUUUUAUAAUCUUACAUGUAUAAAUUUGGAGGCAGUUGUCAUUUGUUGUCGAUAAUUCCUGUUGCUUCUCCCUGAUGUUCAAGGCACUUGGUUUUCAAGUUAGGUGAUGCAUGUUCUAUUACAUUACAUUUAAAAUAUAUUUAUAUUCAAAUGGUGAUAAAGGAGAAGAGAUUAAUAUAUAUCUAUAUCUAUAUAUAUAUUUUUUGCAUUGGACAGUGCUUUAUGGUGUUACUUUGGACUUACUGAAAUCUCACAUCAUACUUGUUACUGUUUAUUGGUGAAAAACAUAAGAGAUGUUGUAUGAGGAAAGUGUUCUUCUCUCCCUCUUCGCCACUUAGGAACAAUCUUCAAGAAACGGAUCACUUCAUAGUCACAUAUUGUGUUAAUCUCUGUAGCAGACAUUUGGGAUGGGUGUUUAUAUGGUGUGUGUUAUGUUUUUGCAAGUAAAACUUCAACAAUACAAAAAACGUCUUCCUCUUUUCCACUAUGAUUACAUGUCACAGGAGCGCACACCACAGUUACUUUAGUGCAGUAUAUAAAGCAGGACUUUAGCACAGUUAUUACGUUUAUUUAUUACGUCGAGACCUUCCAUCGAUAACCACCAGCUUUCACCAAAUACCGAUGUCCUUGUUUAUAAAAGAACGUGGCAGUUUACUCUAACAUCGACUCUUUAGCUCUUAAAAGAGGUUGGUUAGUUUUUUUGUUACUUCUGACAUGUUUUGAAUCUCUCUCCUAUUGAUUAUUGAUCUAUUUUUGUUUUAAAAACCCAGGAAACAACAGAAUAAAAUGACGUGUAGAAUUUUAGGUGGACUGAUGGGCAAUUUAUUAUUCACAAGCAGUUUGCAGAAAACAUUCAACUUAAUCAAAUCAUCUAAAAUCUGGUGGAUAUUUUAACGAUUUUGACACUAAAUCAUUAAAGUAGCACUUUGCUUUAAUCCCCCAUUUGGUUAUAGGUUAGUCUCGUGUGUUUGGAAUGAUCCCAGCUGUUUCUUCAAGAAUCUUCUAGUGAGAAAAGUCAUAGUAAAGGUCAUCCUCUUAUUUCUUUUGGUCUGCCUGCUUCUGUAGCAUUACCUCAAAUUUUAGAUUUUGGUUUUUGUUGUGUAAUUAUCCCUCACUAACCGCAGCUAAUCAUCUUCAUCCAUCUUGGGUCAAACCGUUGUCUUAUUUUCUCCAUGAUGUAUUGAAUUGUUGUGUACAGUGUUGCUGCAUCAUGAAGCAGCAUGCGAUAAAUGCACAUUGGAUUGUUCUCUGUUAAACGGAUCAGACCAAUGAAUGUACCACCUGUUUUGCUGAUAAUCCUGAUAUUCUGUUGUAUGUUUGAAAGUGCAGUAAUACCAAUAAACAAGUACCAUUA